AUGCCCUCCAUUUACUCGGAAUGGGGCGGGGGCCGCGGCUGGCCGGGGCCCCUCUGGAGGCAUGUGGGUAGUGUCAAGGAGUCUGGCCCUCUCCCACGCACGUCCACGGCGGGAGUGGGAUGGGCGAGUAGCGCCGGCAAGGGGGCCACAGGUCCGGGGAAUGGGCGCGGGGAACCAAACGAGGGCCUCAAAGGGGCUCCGCUGGGGCGCUCAGCGAGGAGGACCAGGGAGAGGCGCGGGUCUGCGUCCUCCCGAUGCCCAGAGGGGACGCGGGCGCCCACCUCGGGCCAGGGCCUUGGCAGGGAGGAGUCCCGGGGCGUCUGGGGGCCCCCCCAGCCGCCGCCGACGACCUCCUCCCCAGAGGGGGCCCCGCCUGCCAUCACGCGGCCGGGCGGUGCCUGGGACGCAGCAGCGGGCGGGUCUCUGGCACCCCCGGGGACCGGCACAGGCCGGCGUGAGCUGGGCUUCCGGCCUCGGCGGGCGGAGUCUUGGGGCGACCCCGCCCUCACUCCCGGGCCUGAGACGUUCAGGUCCCGGCGGCAGAGUGUCUCCUGCGAGCUCUGGUGUGGUGGACCCACAGGCUUUGCUUUUCGCUGUCUCAACUGUCCCUCUGGAAGGAGAGAACUCGGGCGUCAGGGGGACUCCGAGAGCGGGGAUCAGGGCCGGGCAGCGCCCCUCGGAGAACCACAUUCCUCCGCUAGUAUGGGUGGCACCUUCACGUUUGAUUAUUAAACAACGGGGAGAAGUCCAUUUUUGCAUUCCUUUUCUAUUUGUAUCAGCAGUAGCAAAUAGAUUUUUUUAAAAUCAUAAGCCCACCACCAUCACAUCCACCCUCACCAUCUCAAAGCCACUGCCUUCUGUUUUUCAGUUUCCUCUUCUCCAGAUUCGUACACAACACAAUGCAGUUUCACCUCCCUGAUCAUGAUUAUCCUCAUCUCAUGGCCGAGUUAUUAUCCUGUACUUAGAGCAAGCACGGUUUAAUAAGCAGUUCCCAGCAUGCUGAACAUUUGAAGGGUUUCCCUUUUCCUUGCAAAAAAAAUCCAGGUAGAAUAGAAUUAAAGAUUUUCACAAAUCAAAUUAUCAGAAAAAAUAGGAACAGAAAAUUGAAUAAAAAUGUCAGACUUCUGGAAAAAUCAACAACUCUCCCAGAUUUGAAGAAGAAAAAAAAUAUCACCAAUGAAAAGGAACAAUUUUACCUACUCAAACACUGAAGAGCUCUUACAAUGAAAAAGAACUAACCAGUAAGGGAAAGAAAGCAGAGCUAGGAUGUGAUUUGUAUAUGGUUUUUAUCUGACACAAAUUUUUCAUACUUGUGAAAGGAAAAUAUCGAGAUUAUAAAAGAUAAACGGUGAAAUGAUGAAUCGUUUAUAGAAUACAAUGGAUAUUAAAUCACACUGCACUUGGGGACAUUGUGAAUCUGUAUGAAAUUUGUGAAACGGAAUCUGGUGAUGCAUUUAAGCCAAGACCCAGAAACCCCACUCCUGGGAAUUUACUUGCAAUGGAAGAAACAACAGGAAAGAAAAAAAAAAAGCCAUAUGCACACACAUUCAGAAUGAUCUAAAAUUAGACCCAACGGAGAAGCAACCUAAGUGUAUAACAGCAGGGCAGCAGCUAAGAAAAUCAUGACACAUUAACUGAAAGGAACAUUGUGUAACCAUCAGAAGUCAUGAUUUUGGAGCCUGUCUGCGAUAUAUUGGAAAAAACUACAAGUCAAAGUACAGAUUACUAAACUGCGUCUACUUACUCAGAUGCAGUUUAUUAAUGUAUAUGUGAAAAAUCUGAAUAAAAAUGAAGUUUUGAUAGAAAUACAAGUUGUUUUAAUUUUCUUUUUUUGUUGAUAUAUUGCUUUUCUAAAUAACAUCUUUAAAAUAGUUCAUAGUUAAUUUUUUUAAGGAAAUGGACCCACAGCUUUCUGUGUGUGGGAGAGGGAGAGCUCAAUGUCAUGUUUGCUGCUGCUUUUUUGAGCCCACCUCAUUUUCUUUUUUUCAAAUAUCUUAUUUUUUUCCUUGAGUAGAUUUAUUAGUGGUUUAGUAAUUUAUAUAUUGGGUUUUUCUUUUAAAUAAUCAGUUCUUAGACUUAUUUAUCAAUUAUAGUUUUUUCUUUUCUGUUUUGUUUUGUUUUUUUUUUUUUUUU